GUGCAACCAGAGACCAGUCGUUAAAGUCAGUUCCAUUUGAACGGAGCCAGCGAGUAUAUAUAACACAACGUUCCAAACCUAAGUCAACAACUAAAGAAAACACCAUGGGAGAAUACACCUGGAUUAGCUCGAAUGUUUAUGGUUCUCUGCCACCUGGCGCCAUCCUGGCUGGUCAUGAUUCCGAUCAGGAUCCCAUCUAUGUAGGUCGCGCCUAUCACAAUGGAGAAAUGCUCCCGGCUAAGAUUGUGCCUGGCAAGCAGCAGGCCUACGUUCCAUGGGGUGGUCAGGAGAUCAGCAAGCAUGACUUUGAGGUCCUUGUAGGCGAUCAUUAUACCUGGAUCCCGGCCAGCGGUGGAUUUGUACCGCCUCAUGCCAUUCGUGUAGGCCAGACCGGCGAGGGUGAGCCUCUGUAUGUGGGACGUGGCUACUUCCAGGGUAGUCUUACUCCCGGAAAGGUUCAUCCUUCCCACCAGUGCUUGUACAUCCCGUACGGUGGACAGGAACAUCGUCUGGAGGCCUAUGAAGUUCUGGUCCAGCCGGAAACUUGGAUUCCCUCAUCUGGACGUGGGCUUGUUCCCGGAACUGUGGUUGGUGGACACGACGCCGAUGGCGAUCAGAUCUAUGUUGGUCGCGCCUACCACGAAGGCGAUUUGCUGCCAGCUAAGGUAAUCCCCAACAAGGGCUGUGCCUAUGUGCCCUACGGCGGCGGUGAGGUGGUUAAGCAUGACUAUGAGCUGCUGGCCGGAUACGGUUAUGGAUGGGUGCACGACAGCCAAGGGAAUGUGCCCGGCAAUGCCGUUCUCUGCGGUCGCACUGCCGACGGUGAACCCCUGUUCAUCGGCCGUGCCCACCACCAUGGCAGUCUGACGCCCGGAAAGAUCCAUCAGUCCCAUCACUGCCUGUACAUCCCAUUCGGUGGCGAGGAGGUCCGUAUAGACCACUACGAGGUCCUGGUCAAGGGCUAAGCUGUUAUAGUUUCUGCUUUCCUCCCCCCGUUUCCUCUGCCAACUAAUUUAUAACUCAUCUUGUCAUUAAAAAUGUCCUUCCACUAAA